AUGAAUUCCAAUAAUCACGAAAUUGAUGUAGUUUCUAAUGAUAACAAUACUUGCAGCAGUAACAUAAGCAGUGUUAAUAAUAUUAACAAUAAUUUAAACCAUAUUGACUGUGAUAAAAAUAUAAACGGUGGUAUCAUAAAUGCUAACCAUUUUAAUAGUUCAAAUAACUUAGAAGAUUUAGCUAAAGGAGAUAAUAAUGAUCUUCUUGGACUAAAAAAUGCUCAUAUGAGAAAUAAAAAUAUGAACAAUUAUAGAUCAUUUUCAAAUGAGAAUACAAUUGAUGAUAACGGAAAUGAUAUAAAUUUUCUGAAUGAUGAUGAUAAUGAUAAUUAUAAUGAAAUUAAUGAAAAUAAUAGCAGUGGAAAUAUUGGAGUUAUGAUUGAAUGCAUGAACAUUAGCAAUAAUAAUGGAAAUGUGGAUAAUUCAACCCAAGCUAUCGGAAUUAAUAAUGUGGAUCAGGGACAAAGUGAAUGUAAUGAUGUAUCAAGGAAUAUCAAUGAGAAUAAUAACGAUAUUAUUAACAAUUGUACAAAGGACGAUGGGAGCCAUAACAUGAACAAUAGCAAUAAUGGCCAAACGAGGGAUGAUGGACAUACAAAUAGAGAUAAAAAAAAUUUGCAAAACAGUAAUUACAAAAGCGCAUUUUUUAGGAAUGUAGACGAGGUGCGAAGCUUCGAAAGAGGUAUUUUGUAUUUAACAGAUGAAGAAUUCAAUUAUAUAUCGAAUGCAGUUAAUUUAUUGGGAUUUCGAUUUUUUGAAAUUCCUUCAGAAAAGAGCAAGAAUGAAAAAAGAAAUACUUAUAGUUCUGUAUCAAAAAGACAUUUAAAUGAAAUAAAAAACUUACGUUGUUCAUUAUCGAAUAAUAUAUACGAUGCAGGAAAAAGGAAGUCAAAGAAAACUUUUGAUCGAUAUUAUUCCAAAGAUGAAACUAGUAGCACAACCACGAAAGAUAAUAACGACAUACAAAAAGAAAUCAACAGGAAAAGGGGAAUAGGUGGAGGAUAUAAUAAUUAUGAAGAUGACAACAAUAGUAAUCCAUACGAUGAUGAUAAUAAGUACAACAAUAGUAACCUCGUUAGUAAUAAUACAUCUACUUUUGGUGCAUCCUCCAAUAGAGGUUUAGGAGGAGGAGGGUAUAAUAACAAAAUGGCUAGUAGUAAUGGUUCAGGUAUUAAUAACAAGAUAAAUGAAAACGAUAAAUUUUCACAAGGAAAAAAUAAUAAUAUGUUAAAAAAAAGUUCUCUUACUAAGAGUGAAAUGAAUAACAAUAACAGUGUGAAUGAAAUUGUCUGUGGUACAUAUACCGAUGUAGGAAAAGGGAAAUCGUAUAAAUAUAUUGGUAGUAAUAAUAGUAAAAAUAAUAAUACUAGUUUGCAUCAUAACCAAAGUAAUUAUAAACAAGGAGCAGCAACAUCAGCAACUUCCGGAGGAGGAAAGGAAGUUCAAAAGAAGAGACAAAGAAAUAACAUUAAUAGUGUCCAUGAAGAUGACAUGGUUGAUGAAUAUGAACAACAUAAAAGAACGUAUAAAAAAAGAAUUUACAAAACGAAUAACCCAUGGAAAAAUUGGUGUUUUAAAAUAUUACACAAACUAAAAAAAAAGGAAAUUUGUUGCUGGUUUUUAAAGCCAGUAAAUCCUGAAUUAGAUGGAAUACCAAAUUAUUUUAAUAUCAUAAAAAAUCCCAUGGAUUUUGAAACAAUAGAAAAUAAGUUAUUAACAAAUAAGUAUAAUAAUCCAUUUGAAUGGCAACAAGAUGUUAGACAAAUAUUUUUUAAUGCUUUUACAUAUCAUAAAGUAAAAAAUUGUGUUUGGAAUGAUGCAUACAAAUUAGCAAAAGAGUUUGAUAAAUUGGUUAAGCAAAACACAGAAAUGAAGAAUAUUCUCCACGAAUGUACAAAAGGUACUAAUUCUAUGUUCUUAGAUAUGAAUAAAUAUAAUGAAAUUUUGGCAGAAAAAUAUGAUUAUGAUGAGAAUAAUAACAAUACUACUAGUAGUAGCUACACUGGAAGUUCCAGUGAAGAAAUUAGUUCAGAUGAAUACCAUAAUAACAAAAGAUAUAAUAAGAAUAAUAGUUCAAGUAAUGCAUAUUCAGUAAAAAAGAAAAACAUGAUGAUGCAUGGUGGAGGAGGUGCUGGAAGUAAUGCAUCAUCAUUCCACAAUAUGACAGGGUCGAAUCAUAUGUAUGGAGCGCAUAAUAGAAAAGGACCAGCAGGAGGAGGAGGAGCUGACACUAAGCUUAACAGGAUGAAUAAGCAACUUUCCUCUAUGCCAUCUAAAAAUGCGCGUGAUAAAUUUAUGAAUAAUAAAAAAGAUAAUUGUUUUAAUUUAGGAAAUAAUAAAGGUAAUAGUAAAAUGAACAUGAACAACAACAAUAAUAAUAAUAAUAAUAUAGAAUUCGAACCACCGAGCGUAGGAACCAUACCUGAACCUCCAGGAAUUCAAAAAAUUGGAGCAAACGACAAAGGAUUAAAUAAUUACCAAGUUAAUUUACUUUUUAAAAAUUUAAGGAGAUUGGCGCCAAAUCAAAGAAGAGCAGCAUUAGAAAUUAUCCAAGAUGAUUUGGGUAUACUAGCAGAGAAUCAUAUGUUUGAUAGGUUCUUCACAUUUGAUACUGAUUUAUUGUCAAUUGAAAAACAGAAAAGAAUAUUUCUAUAUAUUAAUCAUAUGGGUAGAAUUAAUUUGGAACAAUAUAAAGCAUCUUUAAUACCAUCAGAUCAUAUGCCAAAUUGUAAUAUACCGAAAGGAAAAAUGCCAAUAAAAAAUAUGAACAAUAAGAAUUAUUUAAAUAACAUCAAUAGCCUUAGUAAUAAUAAUAAUAGUAAUAAUCCCCAUUUUGAUAAAAGAAGAACAAAUAGAUACUUGUCAUCUUCAUCGAACUCAUCUGAUUCUUCUUCAUCGAAUUCGUCUGAUUCAUCCACGUAUUCUACUUCAAGUGAUGAUAGCGAAACAGAAGAUAGUGAUUCGGAUAUGGAUUCAGAUUCUUAUGAUAAAAAAAAAUCAAGAAAACAGUUAUCAUCAAAUGAAAGGAAAAAAGAAAUAGUUACAAAUAAAUAUUUUGAUAAUAAUAGAAGGAAACCCAUACCACAGUACAAACCAAUAGAUGAAAAUAAAAAAAAUAUACAAUUUCGAGCUGCCAUGGGAGGAGGAAUGCAUUCUGACAUUUUAGCAUCUAUGGAUGGAUCAAAGAAUUCCAAAAAAAAUCUCAAAAAUUCGGGAACUGCUUGGCCAGAGUGGAAGGGACAAGUCAUUCAGCAGGCAAUCCUGACACAGCAUCAGGCAAAUGUGCCAUUAAACAAAAAGGAGUUGAUAGCUGAAGGGUAUGAUGCAAAAAUAUAA